AUGUCUUCUUUAGAUUCCACGUUUUCAUACACUUCUUAGAAGCUAUUUUACUCAUUUAAUUCAGAGUCCUCGUCGCAAUCUUAACAUACAAAUAAUCAGGGAGAUUAUGCGGAUAGCAAUGUAAACAAGGUUUUAUUUUUGAUUCAGAGCAAUUUUUACUUAUGUUGA